GCUUUAGUUAAAAUUUCAUUAGCAAAGUCGAGAACAAAAGAAGAGUCUGGUUUUCAAUUGGAAGCUGUGAUCGGAAAAAUGGCAGGACGGUUAAGCCACGUAGCGUCUCAGAUUAUGGGCGGAAACAGCGUCGUUUCUCGCUCCGUUGCCUCCUCUCUUCGCCUCCGCUCUGGCAUGGGCCUCCCCGUCGGCAAACACAUCGUCCCCGACAAACCCCUUUCGGUAAAUGACGAGCUGAUGUGGGACAAUGGGACCGCAUUUCCGGAACCCUGUAUAGAUCGUAUCGCCGAGACAGUCGGAAAGUAUGAAGCUUUGGCUUGGCUGUGUGGAGGUUUGAGCUUUUUCGCCUCUCUUGGCCUGAUGGCUGUGUGGAAUGACAAAGCCUCCAAGAUACCAUUUACCCCUAAGGUCUAUCCAUAUGACAACUUGCGAGUGGAGCUUGGUGGAGAACCAUAGGUAUCUGGUUGCAACACAUUGCAAGCUAAUGUUGUUUGAUGUUCAUGUUCAUGUUCAUGUUGUCUCCUUUUUAUUUGUUUACUUUUUGGGAAGAUCAGAUCACUAAGAAAUAAUGUAUUAUCAUCGCCUGUUGCUGAAACUAAAAUAUUCAAACAAAUAACUGAAGUUGGUUUUGUUUAAAGCACUAAGAAGGUUCCCAUGAUAAGAUUCAUAAUUUGUUUACCUA